AUGCCGGCGAGAAAGAAGAAGAAGAACGGUGAACGGACAUCGCCGGCAGACUUUGCACAGUCGCUGCAGCCUUCGUUCCUGGCCACGGACGGGGAGGACUGGAUCACGGCGCCCUCGCUCAGUCGACCGGAGCUAAGCUUCAGCCCGGCCAUCUUUCUCUCCGUCUCGACUCACCUGCUGGCCAAUCCAAACCUGGUGUCCCCUAGUCUCUUCAGGGCUGACAUCCUCCAUGACAGCUCUGGCGUUCUGGAGACAGCCAGCAGUGAUGCCAGGGGGACGGAGAUUGAGCACGGUGUACGCUCUCCGGCCCCGUUACCUGGAUUUGAACCGAUGCGUGUGGUCGUCAGGAGGUUGAUACCGAGGAAUCCGAACCUCGAUCCGACCCACGACCAGACUUGUCACAUCUACCGUGGCAUAAACGGCCGUGAAGACAGCCAAAAGACAUCGUAUCUGGCCGUAUACUGCCCUCACGCCACUGCUGAGCAGGAUGUCCCAUACUACCACCCGGCCGUGCGUGGAUUUGCCCUCCUAUACACCCACAGCGAUGCCAGCGGCAGUGGCGCACUCUCCCUUCACUUUCUGCCCUUCUCGUCCGGCAUACCAGCCACCAUCCCCAACCGCCUCCAUCGUACUCUCCUCAACCUGCUAUCCACACACGUCCGUCUGGCCUCGGGGCCUUCUGCAACCUCCCAUGCAACCGGCUCACAACCCAGGCCGUUCAAGGAUAAUCUUAUCCCCCAGCACACCGUACAGAACACCUACACAAGACUAAAGUCAAAGUAUGCGCACAGCCUCGUCAGGAACUGGGUCGAGGUCACGGAGCCGUCGAAACAUGUGUUUGAAGACCUCUCCAUCGCCGCCUUUUUGAUCGAACUGUGGGGCAUAAUUUAUCAUCUGCCUACAUCCGCUCCUACGGAGGAUGCAGAUGCACACGUUGACGUGACAAGACAGGAACCUCCCAGGAGGAAGGUGGGAUUCCCUGGAUUCGUCGACAUUGCGUGCGGGAAUGGUGUGCUGGUGUAUAUCCUUCUAUCUGAAGGAUAUGACGGUUGGGGUUUCGAUGCGCGUUCACGCAAGACCUGGUCUAUCUUCCCUGCCUGGGUCCAGGUUCGGCUGAAGGAGAGAAUAUGCGUGCCACAGCCCUUUAAAGACGUGCUGCCCCAAAAUCAUGGUGAUUCAACCGACUCCGGCCACUUCGGGAGCGGCACAUUCAUCAUAUCCAAUCAUGCGGAUGAGCUCACCCUCUGGACUCCUUUGCUAGGAGUCUUAUCCAAUCCUUCUCAACCACUGCCUUUCCUCGCCAUACCAUGCUGCUCCCACGGGCUGUCGGGCGCUAGAUACCGCUAUCCACCUCCAAAGGACUCAGCUCUCAAGGGAUCUUACGGAGAAGCCGAGGAAAUGGAAAGUAAUCCACUAGAUGAGAACGAGGAAGGGUAUCAUGACCAGGGUCCCCAGCCACGGAGUGGUGACCUCAAGGCCUUACGUAGUAAAGUACUUGAAGCUCGACAGAAUCCAGGAUCGACUUCAUCCACCUACGGCUCUCUGACGGCUAAACUCGUCUGCAUAGCUAAGGAGGUAGGGUAUGAAGUGGACAGAACGUUGCUGCGUAUCCCCAGCACGCGGAACAUCGGAGUGAUAGGAGGUUUAAAGGCGUGGCAGGCUAUUACCCCCCCUCCUGAACAGUCAAAUACUUCCCUCGGCGAGCGGCUGGAGGGAAUGACACUUGACGUCGACAAGCGUAGAGAGAAAGUCCAGAGUGUCGUAGAGAGGGAGACCAGCAGAGACGGCGGACUAGUUGUCUCUGCGAAUUCCUGGCUUGAACGGUCGAUGGGAUUGGUCAAGGGCCAGGGAAGGGGGAAGCUCAACGAUGCCACGAAUGAACAUCAUAAUUAA